GAGAGGGAGAGAGAAAACGAGAAAUUAAUUAAAAAAAGGAAGAAAAAACUGUCCCAUUUCCUUCUGCAACUUUCAAUCUGCUAAAGAUAUUCUCACAGUAUCAAAAUCCUAUAAUUCCCUAUUCAUCUUCUCCUUCGCUCACCCACCCAUUACCAGUUUCUACAUAUUAUACAUACAUCUCUGUGUAUCUUCACUGUAUAGCAAGUCGGACAUGGAAAGCUAUUCCGUCCUCUUUCCGCCGGUUAAGCGCCAUACAAAUCCAACUCCAACAACUACCCCCGAGCCCACUACCAACAACAUCGCCGUCGACGUCUCCUCUGCCGAUUCCGGCGCCGCCGCCUUCCCCAACCGCUUCAAGCCGCCGCAGCCGCCUCUGUUCAUCCCGCCUGGAAACGUCGUCUUCCGCCUGAUCUGCCACGCGUCGCGAGUGGGAGGGCUCAUCGGGAAGUCCGGCUGCAUCGUCAAGAAACUCCAGCAGCAGACCAACUCCAGAAUCCGGGUCGAGGACCCGCCCGACGGGUCAGACCACCGGAUAAUCAGCGUCGUGGCAUCGCCGGCGGUUGCUAACAAGGUCAAACUGUCCGCCGCCGCCCUAAAGGAAGGGGAGGACAACGGUGGUGAUGAAUUGUUUUAUGUGUCGGCGGCCCAGGAGGGAAUGCUCAGGGUGUUCGAGAGGGUGGUGGAAGUGGCGGCGGAGGGGGAUCCAGCGGCGGUGUACGGCGGAGUUGUCUCGUGCAAGCUGUUGGUGUACAAGAAUCAGGGUGGGGCGGUUAUUGGGAAAGGAGGAAUGGUAGUGGAGAAGAUCAAGAAAGAAACUGGGUGCAGAAUUAUGGUUAUUAAUUCGGAGUGUUCUUUGCCUGGUUCGUCUGCCUCCGAUGAAAUUGUGGAGAUUGAAGGCAAUAUCCAGUCAGUCAAGAAAGCACUUGUUCUUGUCACUGGCCGCCUUCAAGAAUUUCCACCACUUGGGAAAAACAGAACAUUUUGGAGUAAAUCUCUCGAGACUGAGUCCUUACCUGUUACAAGUGGAGAGACACCAAUUAUGCAACCAAUGCCUUCAAACUCAACAUAUCACGACACAUUACAUGGCCCCGCCACAUGGGACUCUGAUAAGGCCUCGAAAAUCGACACUAAAGCACCAGAACAAGAGGUCGUUUUUAAAAUGCUGUGCCCUAGUGAUAGAGUUGGUGGCAUUAUUGGCAAAGGCGGGUCUAUUAUAGAGGCUAUCAAAGAUAAAACUGGUGCUUCUAUAUUUAUUGGGCCGCAUAUGCCUGAUUGUGAUGAACGAUUGAUAACAAUUGCAGCGAAGGAGAGUAUGGAAUCACAAUGCUCGCCUGCUCAAAAUGCAGCUCUUAUUGUGUUCAAAAGGUCUAUAGAGGCUGGUCUUGAGAAGGGAUUUGAUUUGGAUUUAAAAGGGUCACCUGUAUUGGCUCGAUUUUUAGUACCAUCAUUCUAUGUCGGUAGUUUGUUGGGAAAAGGAGGCGCAAGAAUAACAGAAAUGAGAAAGGCGACUGGUACUGGUCUGAGGUUCCUUUUGGGCAACCAAAUCCCCAAGUGUGCUCCGGAAAAUGUUGAAAUCUUACAGAUUACAGGAGAGCUUGCAAAUGUACAGAAUGCUCUAUUUGCAGUGACCAGUAGAUUGCGGGAUAAUCUGUUCUCCAUGUCGAUUCCAAGUGGACGUGGGAGUUAUAACACUUUGAGGACCGAAGAUAGUGUCUUUAGCAGAGUAAAAGAUCCCCGCACUUUUGGAUCACAUUUAUUUCUCGAUAAUAUUUCAGACAAUCCCAACCAGGACAAGUCAUUGACUAAUGGUAUGGAAAGUCUUCAAAUUUCAAAUAAUAUAGACCAACCAACAUCGCCAAACUUGAUAAUGCCACAGACAGUUAAAGGAGUAAACCAGGAAAAUAUUAUGGACAAUGAUGAAAGUUUACCUUCGGCUAAAGGUGGUAGGGAAAUUAGCAGUGAAAAUGGAUCUGCCGUUGUGACAAAUACGACUAUAGAGAUUGUUGUCCCUGAUACAGAGAUUGGAUCCAUUUACGGCGAGAAUGGUAGCAAUUUGGAUCGUCUAAGACAGAUAUCUGGAGCUAAGGUAGAAGUUCAUGAACCUCGUCCUGGAACAAAUCUUAAUAUUGUUGUCAUAUCCGGCACACCAGACGAAACACAAGUUGCUCAGAGCCUGAUGCAAGCAUUCCUACUGUCUGGUUCAUAGCAAAUAGAGAGAGUAUCUUAGGUUCUUCAAUUUUUUAUUUCCUUAAUUUUUUUCGAGCCAUCUAUCUACCCAAAGAGGAAAAACAGCUGGAAAAAAAAGUGCGCACCUAACGACGUUUUGAUCGGUAAACUAAUUUUCUGUGCCAUAAGCUAUCGACGAAAAUAAUCUGCUAUGGUGAAUCUAGAUUAGGAUCCUAAUCACUUUUUGCUUUUCGACUUGUUUAGCACAUUGUGAGCCAUCUGAUGCAAUACUUGAUCUAGAUUAGGACCACUAAUCUUCCCAUUUUCUGUAGACGGCUAUUUGCACACUGAGUUGUUUGUUACCUGAUUUCGGUAAACGGUUUUCUACAGAUUAUUGCAUUCUAUUUUUGAAAUCAACUCAUUCGCUUGGGUUGUGAAUCUUUUACGAUCGAAUUUGGUGGAUUUGGU